AUGCCCGUAGAGGGAAAGAAGCAGUAUGGCGAUGACCUGAAGUCGUAUAGCGAUUUAACUUGGUAUGUCAAAGCAAUUGAAGAAAUUAUUCCCGAUAGCUAUGUGAAGUUUGAAGUUGAGGAUGGAACCAGUAUAUUUCAAAGGAUAUUCGUUUGUUUCGGUGCUUGCAAGCAUAGUUAUAUGUAUCUCAGGCCCAUGAUUUAUUUGGAUGCUAUUUUCCUUACUGGUAGAUACAAGGGUACUUUGAUGGUUGCAACAUGUGUCAAUGGAAACAAUGGUUUUUACCCAUUUUCUUUUGCUAUUGUUUCUUCUGAAAACAAAGAUAAUUGGUUUUGGUUUCUGGAGAAUCUUCAACAAGUUGUCGAUGGUCGUCAGAUUGUUUUCCUUAAUGAUCGUCACGAAGGACUUUUGCAGGGCAUUCCAAAAUAUUUUCCUAAUUCAUAUCACAGCUAUUACUUUUACCACAUCAAGUGCAAUCUCCCCAUCGGAUCAGGUGAUGCGAAUUCGAAGCCCGUUCUUGAUUUGUUUUACAAAGCUUCCUACUCUUACACACCAGCGAACUUCGAAGAAGCUUUAUAUAGUGCUCACUCUUCAACUCUUGCCGAGUCCUUCAACAACUGGGUUCUUCCUUUCAAAAAGUUGCAUGCUUUUGCUCUUCUCGAUGCGAUACGAUACUUUGUUAUGAAUAUGAUGUCCGAGAGAAGGAUAGAAGGUCUUGAAAAUUUCAACACUAGGCUCACUCCUGAAUAUGAGGCUUUACUAAAGGAAAACAUAGACAUUGGUCGUACUUGGAAUGUUGUUCAGUCAAUGGAAAGAUUGUAUGAAUUCAGGUCUCCUCGGACUCAUUUUGUAGAUCUAUUGCAGAAAACUUGUACAUGUCACAGGUGGCGAGUUAAUGGUUUUCCUUGUGCCCAUGCUUGUGCUGCCAUUCAAUCUACGAGAGAAGACAUCUAUUCAUUUGUUGAGCCAUACUUCACCACUGAAUGGUACAACAGGACAUACCAGGAGAUCAUCUUUCCAAUCCCCAAUUAUGACAAGCCGAAGUUUUAUGAUCCUAGUGAUAGGGUUAUUGUUCCUAUUCUUGUUCCUCCUCCUGGUAGACGAAGAACACAGCGUAUGAAGAGUUCUUGGGAGAAGCAAAAGAGGCCUAUGAUGUGCACAAAGUGCUUCACCCUUGGUCACCACAACAGAGCUAUCUUCCCCAUGAUUUGA